AGUUAGACGAUUCUAUGUUUAUUUCAACUUAGAUCUAAUAUUACUUCUAGAUCUAGAACUAGGCCGAUACAAUUACAAUGAAUAAAUGCAUGACAUUUUGAACAAGGAUGCCAAAACUUAGCGGUGGUGAUACCUUAGCAGAAAAUAAUUUUGUUGAGAAAAAUGAAAGUGUUUUAAAUGAGUCGAACAUAGAGGUUACCAGUAAUGGUAGUAAUGGCACUGCAGUUUUCAAUGGAGCAAAGAAGGUUUCUCGAACCUCCAGUGAUUCUUCCUCAUUGUCAUCAUCACCAUCAAAUUCCAGGGCAGCCUCUCCCAUACAAGCUAAGAAAAAGUAUGUCUCUCUCAAAGAAAAGAUUUUCAAAAGACUGAAGUCUAGAACACCAUUCUACUCGUUGGAAUUCUUUCCCCCUAGAACACAGAGUGGUGCUUUAAAUCUGAUCGCAAGAUUUGAGAGGCUAGCUGAGGGGAGCCCAUUGUUUUGCGAUAUGACAUGGCACCCUGCAGGGGACCCCGGCAACACAGAAAAACCCACAAGCUCUACCUGCAUUGCAGGUACAAUGCUCAACUAUUGUGGCAUUGAGACCAUGCUACACAUGACAUGUGUGGGAAUGACUGUAGAUGAAAUCAAGCAGAAUCUUCACAAAGCCAAAGACAUUGGAAUCAGAAAUAUUCUGGCCUUAAGGGGAGAUUUACCAGAGGGGGAAAAGGAAUGGAAAAGCACCACAGGUGGAAUCAACUAUGCUGCAGAUCUCGUUAGAUUAAUUAAACAAGAAUUUGGUGACCAUUUUGUUAUAUGUGUUGCUGGUUAUCCCACUGGUCAUCCUGAGUGUAAGUCCUACCAGGAAGAUCUUCAGCACCUAAAGGAGAAAGUCGAUGCAGGUGCAGAUUUCAUCAUCACACAACUCUUUUUCAAGGCUGAAACAUUUUUUAACUACGUGGCUGAUUGUCGAAAAAUUGGUAUACAGGUGCCAAUUCUUCCUGGCAUAUUACCCAUUCAGGCUUAUCAGUCUCUUCGCCACAUUGUUAAACUCUCCAAGCUUGAGGUGCCACUGGAGAUCAUCAACUCUAUCACGCCUAUUAAAGACAAUGAUGAGGCUAUCAGGAACUUUGGUAUCGACCAGGCAGUUCUGCUGUGCCAGGAGCUUCUCAAGUCUGGCACCAACACUGGCCUGCACUUCUACACACUCAACAGAGAAGUGGCAGUCAAAGAGGUUCUCAAACGGUUAGGUCUCUGGGUGGAGAAAGUUCAUCGGACACUACCAUGGAAACAGAGUGCCAACCACACACGCUGCGAGGAAGAAGUGAGACCAAUCUUCUGGCGCUGCAGACCAAACAGUUAUGUUUAUCGUACUUCGGAUUGGGAAGAGUUCCCCAACGGCAGGUGGGGUGACACCCGCGCUGCAAGUUUCAACGACUUGAAGUAUUAUCACUUGUUUUAUUUGAAGAGCCAGUCAUGCAAAGACGAACUGCUCAAAAUGUGGGGAGAGGAGCUUUCAUGCGAAGAAGAUGUGUGGUCAGUCUUUGUCCACUAUUUAAAAGGAGAAUGCAACAAAGCUGGCAUCAAGGUGAAGAGGAUCCCCUGGGAUGAUGAUGAAAUAGUGGCAGAGACUUCACUGAUUGCUGACAAGCUGGCCUGCAUCAACGCUAGAGGGGUUCUCACAAUCAACUCGCAGCCCCGCGUCAACUGUGUCCCCUCCACUGAUCCCAUAGUUGGCUGGGGGAGUCCCAAUGGUUACAUCUAUCAGAAGGCAUAUCUGGAAUUUUUUACAUCAAAAGAGAACAUUGCUGCAUUGAAACAAAUUUUGCCCAAAUAUCCUUUAGUAAACUAUCACAUUAUAAAUCAUUCAGGAGUUGCAGACUACACCAACUGUGAUGAGUUCCAGCCAAUCGCAGUAACUUGGGGUGUGUUUCCUGGUAAAGAGAUAAUUCAGCCUACAGUUGUUGAUCCUGAGGCAUUCAAAACUUGGAAGGACGAGGCGUUUGCUCUGUGGCUGGAGACCUGGGGCUACCUGUACUCACCUGAGUCAAAGUCUCGGGAGAUCCUUCAGUACAUCCAUGACAACUACUACCUGGUCAACCUCGUGGACAACGAAUACCCCAAGGAAACUGUACUCUGGACGAUUGUUGAUGAAAUGCUGACUUUAGCAGGAAAGAAAGCUGUUGAUAAUGGACCAUGCGCAUCACUGUCAAGCUAACGAAGAAAAGAAAGGACUAAUUGAUCUUCAGAAAGAACCCUCCCCACGCAAGUCUUACAGUAUUGCUAUUGUUAUCAGAAUCAUGUUCACAGGGUGUUCAGUGGAUAUUUAUUAUGCAAAAAAUAUGCAUUUCAAUACUUUUAUUUAUUAGCAUGUGUUUAUGUUAGGUCUUACAGCUUGCUUUUUGUAAUCAGACAUGCUAAUAUUUAUUUAGAAUAGAUGGGUUAUUUUAUAUAAUUGUAUAUCAAAGAUAAAAUGUAUGAAUUUUUUUUCAUUAUCCGUAUAGCAUCAAUUUGGUUACUUUACAUUAUUUUAAAAAAAUAUUUAAAUUGACAACAUAAUUAUUCAUAAAGCUAAUUAGUUAUCUCGUUAGGAUUUCUUCUUCGGGUAUUGCUUUUACCACUUUUGGGCAAACUAUUGUGAUAUUUUGUACAAUACACUUUUUUUUUUACAAAAUUCAUCUGAAUGUAUGAAUGGCAUAUGUAAUUUUGUUUUAAAUGAUUGUAUUUCCUGGCAAAUAGUGCAUGACAUAGUAUUCUUGGGGUGACCUGUGGAGGCAGCCCUCAGUUUAAAUACUCAACAUGACAUCUGGGGAAGUUAAGCUCUAGUUACUACAACAUUUAUAGACUUGAAAUUAUUGGGAAGUGUAGUGCUAGCUACAGGCAAUCUUCCUUCUAAGCUGCGCGGGUGCAUUGUAGUUUUGAACAUGCCGCGCAGUCAUUAUGUAGAAGCAUAAAUCCUUAUAUAAGACUUUCAGAACACAGCGCACACAAAAUUCACGUCACACACUAACUUUCUCCACUUAGAGGGGAUGCUGGCUACAGGUAGCAAUUUAUACAAUGUAAACAAUCCUGAUGGCAAUAUUUGGU